AUGGCGAAGCGCGAAACAGCACAACAAAGGUCCGUUACUUUCACAAAAAGACGGCAUGGUCUAUUCAACAAGGCUGCAGAGUUGUGCAUGAUCUGUAAUGCUCGAGUUGCGAUUAUGGCGACCUCGGUUUGUUCCAAAGAGAAAGUCUUUUCCUUUGGUCAUUCUUCUGUUGAUGCUGUCUUCGAUGCCUUCCUCAAUGGGUCUUCUCCUCUGGAAGCAGCCGAUGAUGACACAAUGAGGUAUGCAAGUUCCCUCUCUCAAGAAAUUAAGGAAUUGGAGAUUGAGUUUAGCACUCUUAUGCAAAACAAGAAGAAAAACGUUGUUCCUCAAGGAGAGUUUUCAUGGGAGUUAGAACAAUUUGACAAGUCCAAUUCAAUUGAGGAGUUGCAGAAUCUUGUAGAUUGCCUGGAAUUUUUGUUGGCUAGAGCAAAUAGCAAAUUGAAUAACUCAAGCACUCUUGGUUCUACUUCUGGUGCCACCGUAGUCAAUUAUGGUAAUAACAGUUCUGCCGGCAUUCUUGAUGUUGGUAGUGUUGGAACUAAAUCUGAUGACGUUUUGGCUAUUGAGGUUCGUAAACCUCAUGAAGCAACCUUCUCUCUCAGAUUUCUGGGUUUGGUUGCAAUGGUUACUAUGUUUUCUCUAAAGGGAAACAGUACUGAGUAUGAUAGUUCUCCAUUGACUAUUAAGCCAGAAGGCCCUGAGCCAAACUCAGUACUGCCUAAUUAUCAUAGUGAUAGUGAUUUUCCAACUGUCCAUGCUGAUCAUAUUGAUUACCUGCAGUAUAUCCUUCAAUCUCCCUCCAAUUCCCGUUACAAUUUAGAGAAUGUUUUUCCAGCAAACAAUGCUGAUGAUAAUAACCCCUCAUGGACUCCACUUGCAGAUGCUCCUGGUCCUAGAAUGAAUAAGUACUUCAAGGACACAGAGUUUGCUGAUUGGGGAACUAAAACUGCACCAAGUUCUUAUAAUUGUGAAUUUAACCGUCAUUAUGUUAUGGAUGGAAACAGCAAUCCCAAGCCAGAUGAUUCAAAUACAAAAGAGGAUUUCAUGGAUUUGCUUGCCAGUUAUUAG